AUCGAGGAUUCCCAUACACAGCGCUCAUACAUUUCGACCGGAUUCGACUUCUAUCGGCAACAGUACUCUAAGCCGAAUAUCAGAUGGAUUAAUUUGUAUCGUAAUGCCAAUAUGAUCUCCUAUAAUCCGUAUGAUAAGCGAAUCUACGUCUAUGACCAUGGCUACCUGCUCACAGUGCCGGCUCACAUACAAUGGACGUCGAAAUGA